CUCUGGUGGACCUGUCAGCCGUGAGUCCCUUUUCUGAUCAUGUCUGGACUACGGAGAUGUUUCCACACCUGAGAUGGCUGCCAUCCGGAUGGCUCUGAGCACAGAAUUUGUGCUGAUCCAGGGCCCACCUGGGACAGGUAAGACAUUCAUAGGACUAAAGAUCUUGGAGGUCCUGUUGGACAAUCAGGCCCUCUGGAAUGAGGAUCACACGCCUUGCCUGGUAGUUUGCUACACAAACCAUGCCCUGGACCAGUUUCUUGAAGGGAUCCUCCAGUUCCAGCCCUCUGGGGUCGUGCGCAUCGGGGGCCGGAGCAGAAGUGAGCGAGUGCAGGCCUGCUCCCUGAAGAACCUGCGCAGGCAGUGGCUCCCAGGCCGCCUGGGGAUCCAAGCCCAGAAGCAGCACUUUGGAUGGAUGCUGACGUCUCUGCGCAGGCAGAAGAAGAGCAUUGCCUACUGCACCCAGGUGCUGGAUCUACUCUCCAGGGGGGUCCUCCUGGCCCAGGAACUGGAGGCAGAGAUCGCCGAUGAUCACCUGUGGAUCCCAGAGGGGGGGAUGCUGCAGUGGCUGAAGAUCUACCCCCAAGGAGAGAAAGUGCAGCCGUCCCAGAGACACAGCCACCCCAACUGCACCUGGAAAGGAGGGGAUUGCAGGGAUGCAGGGGAUGCGGACGAGCGGUUCUUGGAGGACAGCUACGAGUAUGAGGGCGAUGACAAGCCGGGGUCUUCCACUGAGAGAAAGUUUGCCUACAUCAUCCCUGCGGAGGGAAGCACUUCCCAGAAGCAGAUGUUGGAAUGGCUGAAGUCGGGGGACCUCAUGGCCAACGAUGAAGUCGCCAGGAUCCAGAGUGUCGAGAAGCUGCGGCAGAACGACCGCUGGCGCCUCUACAGGCGGUGGGUAGCAGCCUACGAGAAGCAGCUGAAGGAAGCCUUGGAGGAGAAGCUGAAGGCCUACGAGAAAGACGUGGCGAAGCUGGAAGAGCUGAGCUUCCAGGAGGACCUGGAGAUCCUCCGGUGGAGCCAGGUCAUCGGGAUGACAACGACAGGGGCUGCCAAGUACAGGAAGUUGCUCCAGAGCAUCCGUCCCCGCAUCGUGAUUGUGGAGGAGGCAGCCGAAAUCCUCGAGGCCCACGUCCUGACCUCUCUUACCUCCUCCUGCCACCAUCUCAUUCUUAUUGGUGAUCACCAGCAGCUGAGACCAAAGCCGGCAGACUACGUCUUGGAGAAGAAGUUUUGCCUGGGAAUCUCCCUCUUUGAGCGCAUGAUCAACAACCAACUUCCUCACGUGCAGCUGCUCUACCAGCAUCGCAUGUGGCCAGAGAUCUCCCAGCUGCUGGCGCCUUUCUUCUACAAGGAACUGAGGGAUCAUGCUUUGGUGCUGCAGUAUGAAAACAUCAAGGGGGUAGAAAAGAGUGUGUUCUUUGUGCAGCACACAGGAAGAGAGGAAGAGAGCCACAGUGCCGACUCAGAGAGCUUCAGCAACUGUCAUGAAGCUGCCUUCCUGGUCUCCCUUACCGGCUACCUCCUUAAGCAAGGAUACAGUCAAAGCCAGAUCACUGUCCUCACCCCGUACCACGGGCAGGUGAUAAGAAUCCGAGCUCUCUUGAAAGGGAAGAAAAUCGAGGAAGUGGCUUGCCAUGCCAUGGAUGACUUCCAAGGAGAAGAAAAUGACAUUGUUCUCCUCUCACUGGUGCGAAGCAACAGCCAAGGGAAGAUUGGCUUUGUCAAGGACAAGAACAGGCUCUGCGUGGCGCUCUCCCGUGCCAAGAAAGGGUUCUACUGCAUUGGAAAUCUAGAAAACCUCUCAGCCAACAGCAAACUGUGGAAAGAGAUUGUGAGCUUGCUAAAAGAGAAGUCUCUUGUCGGGGAAGAGCUGGCACUGAUGUGUCAAAACCACCCAGAGACAAAGACAGCAGUGAAGAAGACUACAGACUUCAGCAAAUUACUGGACGGAGCGUGCACACUCAAGUGUCAAACCCGGCUGGAGUGUGGCCACCCCUGCCAUCGCAGCUGCCACCCUUGCGACAGGGAACACUGCCUGAAUAUCUGCAAGUUCCCCUGCAGCAAGACCCUGUGCCAACUCAAUCACAAAUGCCCCAAGAAGUGCUGGGAAACCUGCGGGCACUGCCAGGUUGGAGUGGAAAAAGUCAUCCCAAAAUGUGGGCACAGCCAAAUAGUUCCAUGCCACAUGCCUGUGGAUAGAUGGGUCUGCAAAGAGCCAUGCCAGCUGGUCCUGGAACGCAGCCACCGGUGCAAGCUGUGGUGCGGAGAAAACUGCAGAGCCGCCCUCUGCGAAGAAGUGGUGCCAGUCACUCUGCCAUGCACCCAUGCGACCCAAACAGAGUGCUUCAAGCAGAAGAUGCCCUGGCCUUGCCAUGAGAAAUGCCAGCAGAGGCUGGAUUGUGGUCACAGCUGUAAGGGAAGCUGUUACGAAUGUGUCGAGGGCCGGAUCCACAGGGCCUGUCGAAGGAGGUGCACCAGGGUCCUACUCUGCUCCCAUGUGUGCCAGGGCUCCUGUUGCGAGAACUGCCCCCCGUGCAGAAAGAAGUGCCCCAACCAGUGCCACCACAGCCACUGUGACAGGUGGUGCGGAGAGGUCUGUUUCCGCUGCGUCCAGCCCUGCACUUGGAAGUGCAAACAUCCCUGGUGCACCAGGGUGUGCUGGCAGGUCUGCAACCGCCCCCGCUGUGAUGAGCCAUGUCCCAAGACCCUCAAGGGCAAGCACCCAAGCGUGGGCCUUUGUGGGGAGCCCUGCCCCCCAAAGUGCCGCAUGUGCCACCAGGAUGAGCUGGCAGAUAUCUUCUUUGGGAGAGAAGAUGAACCGGAUUCUCGCUUUGUCGUCUUGGAAGGCUGCGGCCACGUCUUUGAGGUGGGGGGCCUGGAUCGGUGGAUGGACGGAGACCCGGGCAACGCUCAAGGGCAGCAGCACAUUCAGCAGAAGGUGUGUCCCAAGUGCUCAGCCCCAAUCCUGAACAACCCCCGUUACAACAACGUCAUCAAAGCAACACAACAAAGGAUCGAAGAGAUCAAGCAGAGGAUCCAGGGCAGCAAAGGAGAAUUCCAGGCUAGGCAGACAAUGUUGUUCAACAAAAUGGCCCCCCUGCCGCAUGCAAGUUGCUGUUUUGUACAGGAAGCUUUGACAAGAAAGAGCCCUUCAGAGCCUCCGGGACUGAGAAAACACUGUGAAUUUCCUUCUCUGCACCCAGAAGCUGAAAAAGCAAGCCGAUAGUGCACGAUGGAGCGGAGGCGUCAUCUGAGGAAGGCAGCCGAGGCUGUAGAGUCCUGGUUAGGCAGGAGGAGAGAAGGUGGUGCACUCACAGCGCAGCAGCUCAGAGAAUGCAGGAACGAGCUCAGGCGAAUCUCUUACUUGGCCAACAUCUUUGAGCGGCUGAGCAGCUAUGAGCAGAGUCAAGUGCCUUCCUCUUCAGAGGCCUCAGCUGCUGUUGACAAGGCCUUGAGUGUGCUCAACCGGCAAGAGCCGUUCACGGAAGCCCACGAGGAACUCCUUCAGGUGACCCUGGACACCGUUGACGAGCUAAUGCCAGCCUCAGGAACACAGCUGUCAGAAGCAGAGAGAGUCUCGAUAACGGAGGCCAUGCGUUUUGGAAAGGGGCACUGCUACAGGUGCCCCCAGGGCCACUUAUACACCGUGGGAGAGUGCGGCCGGCCAAUGGAAAAGAGCCAGUGCCCCAACUGUGGGGCUACCAUUGGAGGUCGAGGUCACAGACUUAAUCCAGAUAAUGUUGCUGCUGAUGAAAUACUGGACUCUGGUGAUGGGGCAGGCAGGGAAGGAGAGGGGCGCCUCAGCAACAUCAUAGAGUCCGCCAGCCCCACUUACCACCUGGCUGUGCCAACAUACACUGCUGUCAGUCCCUCCUAUCAGCCACGCUCUCCAGAUACCAGUCUGCCUUCAUACAGUCCAGCCACUCCAACAGGGACCCCCAGCAGCCCUCCUGGCAACUCUUGCCAGCUCCUAGAACCUGAUGCAGAAGGGGCGUUGGUGGAGGGAGAUCCCAUUGCAUGCCAGGGCCAGGAGGAGCCUGCUGUCAUGAGCCCCACGGAGAACUCUUGGCAGAACUGGGAUCCAGGGGAGGGGCCUAGUGGUCUGGGACUGGUGGAUGAGGACGCCAGGGAGGGGCCAAGUGAUCUGCCUGUUGACAGCUCCUCCCCCAAGGUGUUGGCCGACACAGAUGAAGGGGUUAAGUUGCCAAUCCACCCCCUUCCCCCACCAGUUGUUCCACCUCCAGGCCAGCCUCCUGUUGCUGUCACGCCUCCAGCACAGGAGAGGUUGCCAGAGGUAGACCCAGGGGAUGAUCUGGCCAAGUCACCUCCAUCGCCGCAGAAGUGCCAGAGGCUGCACAGGCAUGAACAGACUGAGCCCAUUAACCAGCCUACUCCUAGGAGUGCCUGCUUGCUUGCCCAGUCCCAAGCUGGUGUUGUGACCCAAUUUGGGAGGGGAGGCUUCGAGACACCAGACUCUGACUUGGAGGAUUGGGGAGAUGAGCUGGGAGAGGGGACUAGCAGCAGGGUCAGAUCACAGAGCGCACAAAUCCCCGCCACUGACAGGUCGACUCCCCCCAGUCCUGGCCCCCCCGAAGCAAAACCAGAACUGUCAGAGGCUGCCCCGUUAGACACCCCACACACACACCUGUGCCCACGUCAAAGGCGCCACCUGCUUCACCUGACAUUUCCCAGCCAGGCGACCCGCAGCUUCCCACAGUCGAGCCAGCUGACCGCCCACAGCUCUCGGAGGGAGAAGCUGAAAGCCAGCCCCCUUCACCCCACGCACAGCAGAAGCAGGAGAUUCAACAGACAACUGAGGAGGAGCCAACGGUUAUGUGCGAAAGCCAAGCCUCGUUAAGGGGACACGGGGAGGGGUUCAUUGCUGAGUCAACGUUGUAGCGCUGUGGAGUCAAGCUUAGUCAGAGUUAGUCAGGGCAAAAGUUCCUAGAAAGUGUAGUUAGGUUAGUGAAGCACGCUGCUUUUGCUGUAACUUUAAUGAAAAGAGGAAAAAUCACAGCCUCAUCCGAGACUGGAUCUCUCCACUUCAGGCAGGACAGUCGUGCCUGCCCCACCCUUUGUGAGGGGUCCAGGCUCAGAGGGCACGUCAAGUGUUGUGAUUACGCCUUUGCUUGUGUAGCCAUGCCGAGUAGCGCUUUGCAACCCUGUGUGAACUGUAAUCUGAUCUGUGUUCCAAUCCUAUGCCAACUGGAUUAAAGCCAUUGGCAAUAACCAAGCCGAGAGGGUGCCACGUUUGAAUCUGCUGGUGGGAGCCCGGACACCUGCACCCUCUUCUCAGGAGGACCCAGAGACUCCUUUCCUCUUGGACCGUGGCUGAAGACAAGGUGCCAUGGUCCCAGAGUCUGAGGCUGCAGUGCUUCCAGCUGCGGAGGGGUCAGACUAAGGUUCAGGGCUGGAGAGCGAGAGACCACACAGGUGACUCCUGGCCUGCCUUGGUGCUCUACUCUGGCGCCAGGCCAGGACCUAAUUCCCCCUUACUGCCCCCCUGCCUGUGUUCACCCAACUCCUCAGGACUCUCCACAGCCAUCUUCUUCAUAAGGAGCCCAAGCAAAAGCCAGUAUUCGGAAGCAGAGUGCUGGCCUGGCAGCACAGAGCCUGGUUCCCCGACUCCACAGCUCCUUUGCUGCAACAACCUUGCUCGUAGCGGACUCCCUACCCUUCUCGAGCUCUCCCACCUUGCUCAGAAGGCCAUGAAUCAUGUACGUACCAGGCAAAAACCUUUGUUUCCCCAGACCAGCCUUUCCCAACCAGUGUGCCUCCAGAUGUUGCUGGACCACAACUCCCAUCUUUCCUGACCAUUGGCA